UUUUUAUUUCUUAUAACUAACGAGAUCUUCCAUGAGAAGUGCCGAAAGCUGAAUUGGACUAUUGGACUUUCACAGCCACCAUUGACUUGACUCGUGUUUUUCAUUCAUUCAUUUCCAAUAUUUUCCUUUCAUACUUUCCGUUAGGAUUCCCUCAACACAUCUUCACUCUCUUAAGUCUAUUGCACGUGCUUUCUUCCCACGCGAAGAAACUGAGAAUCUGGAACGCAACAACCAUGCCUGAUACUACCUCGCCACCGUCGGAAACAACCCAAAACACUUCAAUCUUCGCCGCGCUCCACCCUGACAUCAUCCACGCGCACAUCCUCACGCGCCUCGACGCCGCCACGCUGGCAUCUGCUGCAUCCGUAUCCUCGCUCAUGCACCGCCUCUGCACACAAGAGGAUCUCUGGCGCCAAAUCUGCACCGCCACGUGGCCCUCCUUGCGCGAUCCCAUCGCCCGCCGCGUCAUCUCCACCAUUCCCGGUGGCCACCGCUCCAUCUACUCCGACGCCUUCCCAUCCCUCCAUCACUUCUCUCUGCAUCCCCGCCGCACGCCGCCGCCACCGCCAGAGGAGCUUAUCUCCGCCGUGGACAUAUAUUUCCAGGGAAGGCCCGUGUUCUCGCGCGUGAAACGCAUCGAAACGCAGAAAGACUGGUUCCUUUCCUCGCCGCUGUGGGUGGACGCUCUCGAGCCCAACGAGAUGAUUCCCACGACGGUGAAGUUUACGAGGAAGGAAGAGAAGUGGUUGAAGCAGGUGGAGGAGAGUCUGAGCGUGAGCUGGAUUGUGGUGGAUCCAACAGGGAAGCGUGCGACGAACGUUUCGAGCCGGAGGGCGGUGUUGGCGCGGCGGCACUGGCUGACACGGGAGGUGGAGGUGUUGUACGCGGCGGAGAUGGUGAGGGAAAGGGUGCAGUGCGUGGUGAAGGUCACGUGCGGUGGGAAGGUGGGAGGGGAAGUGCACGUGAGGGAGGUGAAUCUGGUUAUGGAGGACACGGAGGGGCGGCAACUGAGUGGGAAGGAGGGUGUGGAGAUUCUGCAGAGAGGCAUGGAGAGUGGAGUGAGGAAGAAAGUGGAUGCGGUGAGGGAGAAGGAGAGGUUUGAGAAGUUCACGUGCUUGAUGAAGGAGAGAAGAGAAAGAAAGUUUAGAAGAGAGAAAGCACGUGAUCUUCUUUCAACACUCUUCGCUUUGCUUCUUUCUCUCUUCUUUUGCUUCCUCCUUGGAUUCUAACCUUUUAACUCUUCAUCGUAUACCUUCGUUGUACAGUCAUUGGAGAGGAAAACACCGUUUGUUUGAGGGAUUGUUCACCAUGCCCAACACUUUCUCUAUGUCAUCGUCCGGUUGACGGUUGAGGAAAGAGUGCACUAAGUAAAACGGUUCGCUAUUGGGCUUACUGACCCAGGUUCAAAUCAGAGAAGCCCAAUAAUCGCCCAAAUUAGAACCCAAUUAUUUUAUCCAACCUAUACUUAAAAAAGUUCACAAUGUACAAUUUUGUAGUAUCUUCGUUACCAAAUAAAUUGAGCCACGCUUAGUACUAUAAAUUGAUCUACACAAUAAAGUUAUGUAGUAUAAACUACAAAUUAUUUAUCGUUUAA